GUGAAAGAGAGAGAGAAGAGAGAGAGAGAGAAGAAUUCUGUGGCUUUGGAUUCUUCUAGCAGAUCGUGCCUGCCAGCUUUUUUUUUUGUGAGAAAUGGGGUACGCAGGAAGUGUGCAAUAUGUAUAUAUUAUAUACAUAUAUAUCCUGUAAUUCUUAUUGUUAUCAUUUGAUUGAGAAAAUAUUUAUUUUCUAUAUAUAUAUAAAUAAUUUCCAAAAAUUAUUUGGAGAGCUUUUGUGAAAAGGGUCGUCUGUCUGAGCAUUGAUAAAGGUGAAGCCUUUUUUUUUUUUUUUUUUUUGUUCUGGGCCUUCAUUUUUUAUUUGAAGAUUUGGGUUUAGCUUUAUAACCUAGAGAGAGAGAGAGAGAGAGAGAGAGAGAGAGGUGGAGGAGAUGGCGGUGGUGGCGGCGGUGGCGCUGCUCAUUGGCAUUCUGAGCUUCACCGGUGCAGACACAGAUCCAACUGAUGCUUCGACUCUCAAUGUAUUGUACACGAGUUUGAAUUCGCCUCAGCAACUCACUAAUUGGAAGCCAAGUGGCGGUGACCCUUGUGCCGAGUCAUGGAAGGGGAUUACUUGCUCUGGAUCAAAAGUUACAGAAAUAAAUAUUCCAGGCUUGGGACUUAACGGGAACAUGGGUUUCCAGCUAGAUAAGUUGACAUCCGUCACUACUUUUGAUAUAAGUAACAACAAUCUUGGAAACCAAAUCCCGUAUCAGCUUCCUCCGAACGUGGAAAGAUUAAACCUUGCUGGAAAUGGCUUCAAUGCUGGCCUUCCAUAUUCGAUUUCGCUGAUGGGUGCUCUGAAAUACCUAAACUUAAGUCACAAUCAAAUACAGGGCCAAGUGACUGUCCAGUUCACCUCACUUACUGGUCUCACCACAUUGGAUUUCUCUUUCAACUCCUUCACGGAUAAUCUUCCUCAAAGUUUCCAGUCACUCACAAGUAUAAACGAUAUGUAUUUGCAGAACAAUCAAUUUACGGGAACUCUUGAUGUACUUGCUUUACUUCCACUUCAAAAUCUAAAUGUCGAGAACAACCGUUUUACCGGAUGGAUUCCCAGCCAAUUGAAAGGCAUAAACGUGCAAUCGAAUGGUAAUUUAUUAAACUCCGGGCCAGCACCUCCACCGCCACCUGGCACUCCUCCAGCCACCAGGCCCGUUCCAAAUCCUAAAUCUGGCGGCAAAGGUGGUUCGUCCAACAAUGGAGGUAGUGGGAGUGGAGAUAGCAAAUCCGGUAUUGGAGCUGGUGCUAUAGCUGGAAUCGUUAUAUCCGUUUUGGUUAUCGGAGCUAUAAUUGCAUUCUUUGUCAUUAGAAAACGAUCCAGAAAAUCAUCUCCCGACGUUGAAAAGCUCGGUGGCAGUCAGCCUUUUGCUCCUCUACCUUCACAAGAAUCACAAGAUAUAAAGGCUGUUCAAACUUCAUCCACAGCCAGCAUAAAAGCCUUUGAAACUCCCGCCAUGCUGAAUCUGAGACCUCCUCCGUUCGAUCGUCACAAAUCGUUCGAUGAAAAUGAUGACUCAGCAAAGCCGAUUGUUCCUGUCAAGAAAGUCAACACUGCUCCCAUAAAUUCUAAACUGUACACGGUUGCAGACUUACAGAUAGCUACAGAUAGUUUCAGUGUCGAAAAUCUUAUCGGCGAGGGGUCUAUCGGACGUGUUUACCGAGCCCAAUUGGAUGACGGAAAGGUUGUUGCUGUAAAGAAGAUAAAUUCAUCGGCUGUGUCCAAUUCCGAAGAUUUUCUUGAAAUAGUUUCGGAAAUAUCGAGAUUGCAUCAUCCAAAUGUAACUGAAUUAGUGGGAUAUUGCUCUGAGCAUGGACAACACCUUCUAAUUUACGAGUUCCAUAAAAAUGGAUCUUUGAAUGAAUUUCUGCACGUCUCCGAUGAAUUUAGUAAGCCUUUAACAUGGAACACGCGUGUGAAGAUUGCAUUGGGUACCGCACGAGCACUAGAGUACUUACACGAAGUUUGUUCGCCUUCGGUUAUUCAUAAAAAUUUCAAAUCGGCUAACAUUUUACUCGAUAUCGAGCUCAAUCCUCACCUCUCUGAUUGUGUGUUGGCUAGCCUCGUUCGUGAUCCAGAUCAGGCAUCCGGCUAUAGUGCACCGGAGGUUGCCAUGUCAGGUCAAUACACCAUCAAAAGCGAUGUGUACAGCUUUGGUGUCGUCAUGUUAGAACUUCUCACCGGACGCACUCCGUUUGAUAGCGCAAGGCAAAGAUCGGAGCAAUCAUUAGUUCGAUGGGCGACACCUCAGCUGCACGAUAUCGAUGCACUCUCUAAGAUGGUUGAUCCAGCUCUAAAAGGGCUUUACCCAGUUAAAUCCCUCUCCCGUUUCGCUGAUGUCAUCGCCCUCUGCGUUCAGCCGGAGCCGGAGUUCAGGCCCCCGAUGUCGGAAGUGGUACAAGCAUUGGUGCGUUUGGUACAACGUGCGAAUAUGAGCAAGAGAACUUUUGGAAACGAAGGAGCGGCUCGAUCGGAUAGUGCAGAUGCUGAGGAAUAUACUCCUUAAAUUUUUCAAGAUUCCCUUUUGGACCAUUGAGAACAAACUGCACCAGAAAAAAAAAAAAAUUUAACAGCAUGUAUUUGUUUAUAUAAAUAUAUAUUUUCCCCUUUGCCAAAAGACCAACCAUUGUGUACUUCAUAACUCUUUUCUCAAUUCUGUUUGUAUUAUAUAAAGAGUAGGUCAUAAAAAAAAAUGUUCAUUCUUGGAAACUUGGUGGUUUGACUGUUUUUUCAAUGUUUGAUUUGAGUUUAUUUAAA